AAACAGUUUCCCAGUAAGUUCUAAUCACGUUUGUUUUACUUCCAGUAGGAAUUGGAACUGAAUUUAUUCAUCCACUUCUCCAAGCCUUUUGAAAAGUGACUAAAUGCAACUGAGUCAGAUUGUCUGUGGGUAUGAAGUGGCUGGGAGAAUCCAAGAACAUGGUGGUGAAUGGCAGGAGAAGUGGAAGCAAGUCGUCUAAUGACCACGCGCAGACCAAGUUGCAACAUGCGGGAAAGGAGAAUCCAAAGACAGGCAAAAACGGGGUCGAGAGAAGAUCAAGCAGAUGUAGCGGUGCUUCAGGAUUUGAGGGUCAAAGUCGUUAUGUGCCUUCCUCUGGAAUGUCUGCCAAGGAGCUCUGUGAAAAUGAUGACCUAGCGACUAGUUUGGUUCUUGAUCCCUAUUUAGGUUUUCAGACACACAAAAUGAAUACUAGGUAA